AUGAAGAAUGAAGAGGCCAGUACUAAGAAAGCCUCAAGUCAGGAUGUUGUAGAAGUAGAAAAAUGUAAUGGUAUGUCACACGAAAAAAAUAGUUCAGUAGAAACAAUAUUGAUAAAUGAAGAUAAUGUAAGUGAUGAAGCAUUAAGUUUACAGGUGGUUAAUGAAGAGAUCAUUACCAUGGAUAGUGUAAGUAUGCAAGAGGUGGUUGAAAAAAUAACUAUCGAAGACAUUAACGUAAGUAUGCCCGGAGGCAAGAGAAAAUAUUUGGAUGAAACAGAGACUGAGGUAAGCGCGUCUCGAAAAAAGGCGCGAACGACCAGUGCUUCUGAAAUGAAUGUACAUGAUCACCCAUAUUGUUUACAGUCACCUCGUAGAAUGAGAAGGCAAGUUGAUGAUCUUACAGAUAAAGUUGGAAAUCUACAGAAGAAAUUGAGACUAGCCCAGCAGAAAACAAGGAGGAGGAAUAAGAAGGUUAGCACAUUGACUGCAGUGGUAAGUGAAUUGAGAGAAAAAAAUCUAAUCAAUAGUGAUUGUGCGACUAUUCUAGAAUCAACUUUUUCCGGAGUUCCAAAGGAACUUAUGAAGAGGUUGGUGACACAAAAGAAAAAGAAAAAUCUCGGGGCAUAUCCACCUGAGCUAAGGUCAUUUGCUCUGACCUUGAAAUUUUAUUCGACUAAAGCGUAUAAUUAUGUGCGAAAAAGUUUUGAUUUAGGGCUGCCACAUGUAAACGUGAUUCGGUCAUGGUACAGUUCCAUGAAUGGCGAGCCAGGUUUUACAAAGGAUGCGCUGACAGCUCUGAAAGCCAAAGUUAUAGCCGCAAAAAGAGAUAACCAAGAAGUUGUUUGUGCACUAAUGCUCGAUGAGAUGGCCAUACGCAAGCAUGUCGAAUGGGAUGGUAAGCAGUUCCGUGGUUAUGUUGAUCUUGGCACAGGCAUCAAUGAUGACUCGCUGCCCGAAGCAACAGAUGCUCUUGUUUUUAUGGCAGUCUCGGUGAACUCCGGUUGGAAAGUACCAUGUGGGUAUUUUCUAGUGAACGGUCUUACUGGACAGGAGAAAGCCAACUUGACCAAAGAAUGCAUAACCAAGUUGCACGAAGUAGGGGUGAAGGUGGUGUCUUUUACGUGCGAUGGCCCCACGUCUCACCAGGCGAUGUUGAAAUUACUCGGCGCUCAACUGUCACCUGGCAACUUACAAGCGUACUUCCAACAUCCAUGUGACCCGACAGCCAAGAUCUAUAUCUUCCUAGAUGCUUGUCACAUGAUAAAGUUGGUAAGAAACACCAUGUCGGACUAUAAGGUCCUAAAGGAUAAGGAUGGCAACGUCAUCAAGUGGCAAUUCGUGGAGGAAUUGCAUAAAUUACAUCUUGCCAAUAAGCUCCGAUCCGCUCAUAUCAAAUGGAAGCCGCAGAAAAUGAAGGUAAACCUAGCAGCACAGGCACUCAGUUCGAGUGUUGCAGAUGCCUUGGAGUAUUGUGAAGGUAAGCUGAAAUUGCCACAAUUUCAAGGCUGUGGUCCAACAGUACAAUGUAUUCGUGUUUUUGAUCAUCUUUUUGAUGUUCUGAAUUCCAGGAAUCCGUUGGCGAGAAAUUUCAAGGCGCCAAUUAGAAGAUCAAACUAUCAGUACACGAAGAGGUUUCUAGAUGAGGCACGUGAGUACAUUCGAAAUCUGAAAGGUCCAGAUGGUCAGUCGAUCCUUACGUCAAAAAGGAAAACAGGAUUUCUUGGUUUCCUUUUGUGCAUCAAUGCUGUUGUGGGAUUAGCAGAAGAUCUCGUUAAUGCGGAGAAUCCUGUCCUGAAGUAUCUUCUGACGUACAAGAUGAGCCAAGAUCACUUGGAAUUAUUCUUUUCAGCUGUGCGAGCUUGUGGUGGGUGGAAUAACAAUCCAACAACUCGCCAAUUCGUAGCAGCAUACAAGCAACUGCUGAUGAGGCACAACAUCGAAGGAGGACGUGGAAACUGCACUCCUCAAGAUGAUACGGAGAUAUUGAACAGUGUCCAGGAUCAACAUGAAAUCAACUCCGUACCUACUGGAAUUUCUGAUGUGGCGAUUGCAAGGAGAUAUGACUUGGAGAUGAGACAGCCAGCUGCAGAUGAUCACAACUACUGUGAUGUUUCGAACGCCAUGGAAUUAUCUGAGUACAAAGAGGCGGCCAUAUCGUAUAUCGCUGGGUAUGUGGUGAAAAUGGUGGAGAAAAAGAUCCACUGUCCACAAUGUCUAGCAGUGUUGACAACGAACAAAGAAAGCAUUCCAGAUUUAUUCGUAACAUGGAAAACGAAUGGAGGCCUGAAACUGCCAUCACUUGGCCUCAUCAAAAUAUGCGAGGAAACAGAGAAGUGUGUGAUGAGAAUGCUAAAUGUAAAUGGAGGUGGUUUACCACAUAACGCUGGACUUUCAAGUGCGAUUGCUACGACGGUGUUAUCAGUCUGUGUUGAAAGCAAGGUCUUUAGUACGUUAGACCAACACAUGUUUGAUUCGACUCCAGAAAACAACCAUGUUUUCAAAUUGAUUAAAUGCUGUUGCCAGAGUUACGUGACGAUCCGAAUGCACCAUUUGAGCAAGACGAGAAAUGCGGGGAUGCACGAGAAGAUA